UUAAGUAGCAGAUGAUUUUUCUUUUUGGUCGUAUAUAUGCCCUUGUAGCUGGUAGUAGCCGCGACGGCUUCAGUGGCCGAGAGUUGUAACGGGCGCGAUUAUCCGGCGAGAUGUCGUCGCCGCCGUCCUCGGGCUCGGAGCGCUCGCUGGCGUCGCUCGUCUCCGCGGCGGCGCACUCCGUCAAGCUCAACCGCGCCUACCUCCUCGCCCCGGCCGUCGCCGCGGGCCUCCUCGCCGCCGUGCUCCUCUCCUCCCUCCUCGACUUCUCCGCUUUCUCCGCCUCCCCGCGGCCGGCGUUCCCUCCGCCGACCGCGGGCGCGCCGGCGAACGCGUCGGCCCUGUCAGCGCCGCCUCGCGCGCCCGUGCGCACGGCCCUGGACACGCUCGGGACGCGGCCGCGGGAGCCGUUCACGGCGCUGCGCGACGCGUACGCGCGGUGGGACGCGGCGGUGGGGUGCGCGGCCUUCGCGGAGAAGCACCGGUCGCGGUCGUCGCCGCCGCCCGGCCCGGCGGCGCUGCAGGACCCCGAGGCGGCGCCGUGCGGCUCGCUGCGGCUGCCCCACGUCGCGCUCGCCGUGAGGGGGGUGACGUGGGUGCCCGACAUCCUCGACGGCGUGUACCAGUGCCGGUGCGGGCUGACCUGCCUCUGGAGCCGCAACGAGGAGGCCCUCGCCGACACCCCCGACGUCGUGCUCUACGAGAUCUGGCCCCCUCCCGACACCAGGAAGCAGGGCGAGCCGCUGCGCGCGUUCAUGGACAUCGAGCCGACGAGGAAGCGGUCGGGGCACGAGGACAUUUUCAUCGGCUACCACGCCGACGACGACGUGCAGGUGACCUACGCCGGCAAGUUCUUCCGCAUCACCCACAACUACCACGUCGCCACCCACAAGCGCGACGACGUGCUGGUGUACUGGUCGUCGUCGCGGUGCUUCGAGCACCGGAACAAGAUCGCGCGGGAGCUGUUCCGCCACCUCCCGGCGCACUCCUUCGGCCGGUGCGAGAACAACGUCGGCGGCGGCGACAAGGCCCUGGAGCUGUACCCGGACUGCGCCCGCGACGGCCACGGCGCGGCGGAGUGGUGGGACCACCUCCACUGCGCCAUGUCGCACUACAAGUUCGUGCUCGCCAUCGAGAACACCAUCGCCGACAGCUACUCCACGGAGAAGCUCUACUACGCGCUGGAGGCCGGGUCGGUGCCCAUCUACUUCGGCGCGCCCAACGCCCGCGACCUGGCGCCCCCGGGCUCCUACAUCGACGGCGCCGCGUUCGCGUCGGCGGAGGAGCUCGCGGCGUACGUGAGGGAGGUGGCCGGCGACCCGGCGGCGUACGCCGAGUUCCACGCGUGGCGGCGGUGCGGCGUCCUGGGCGGCUACGGCCGGAACCGGCUCGUCAGCCUCGACACGCUCCCGUGCAGGCUCUGCGAGCGCGCCAGCCGCAUGGGCGGCCGCCACGCGCCGGCGCCCAACGCCACCGUGUCGUGACGAGACGAGACACGACUUGGCCCCGGUUGGAUUGAAAGCCUAUGAAUGAAAAAAGUUUAAAACGUUUAAACGAAGUGUUUGUUACGUAGCGUAGCUGCGUUUUGCUUUGAAUUUGUUGGUCUGCGUUUGCUGUUUAGGAGGAGCAGAACGAUUAUGAAAAAGGCUGGCAUGAGAUGGUUUCUGCUGUCCAUAUUUCA